AGACAGAAUUUGAAAGACAUUCCUCCACAGUGAAUUUUGCGAAUGCCCUUUUCCCUCUAGCUUAGCAUUGUAAAACGGAGAAAAAAUAAAAAAUCUAAGUGUAAAGGAAAGAAAAGAAACUUCCAACAAGCUUCUUUUAAAACAUUUUAGGCUGAGGCGCAUCAUUCUUUUCGCUCUCUUAAUAAGUCACGAAUAGAAAAGCCCAAAUUAAAGUCAAAAGUUGAGCGUCCACUUUUAGACGUGCUUUUGUAUCAGAUGUUUGCCAUUCUUCUCAACCUCUCUUCAGACAUUGUCUGACAUGAGAGCUUUUCAACAAUUCCCAUUCUUCUUCAUUUCCUUCGAUAUCGCUUGGACCGGCUUUUUUUAAAAAAUUUUCUUCAUAUUUGCAUUCAAAAUGUCUCAUAGAACAGCUAACUCUGAGGUUAGCUCCAUCCUAUUUGUGAAAAAUUUGUCGUUUAAAAUCACAUCAGAAGAAAUGUACGAUUUGUUUGGUAGAUAUGGACCUAUACGUCAAAUUCGAUUGGGAAAUACCGUUGAAACUCGAGGAACCGCUUUCGUAGUAUAUGAAAACGUCCAAGACGCCCUUCGUGCUUGUAAUAAGUUGUCUGGUUACAACUUCAUGGACCGAUAUUUAGUUGUUCAUUAUUACAAUCCUGAAAAGGCAAAGACUGAGGGUGAAAACUUGAAUUCUCGAUACACUGCCCUUGAAGAAGUUAAGAAACGCUAUGGUGUUCAAUAAGCCAUAGCAUUUGUACUUAUGAUGUAUUAUAGUUACUCAUGUUAUAAAAUAUAGAUGACUUUCUUCCCGUU